AUGAAAGGUUGGAUGGAUUCAGCAAUUCAUCAACAAUUGGAUGACACAUUCGCCUCCAUUGGAGUGGAGAACCAGGCAUACCAGGGAGACCAGCUUGCCUACGACCCCGAAUUAGAUGCAUUGUAUGCAUACGAACAACAAGCGUUCUAUCAACGCUUUGCAACUCCGAGCCAGCUCCCUGAAUUUCGUUCAGAUGCCUCUGGCAGUCAAGCAUUGGUUGAGGACUUUGCCCCACCUACUCACAUCCAACAAUUCCCUGAAUAUUACUCAGAUCCCAUUGGUAUUCAAGGAAUUGGUCAAUAUCCCGUCGUUGCUGCCUAUGGCGAUUAUCAGGUUGAUCAGGCUGGUCCGGUGGAACCUGCUCCGGUGGCCCCCCAGGCACCGACCCCUCCCAGCAGUCAGGACACACAACUUGACUCCUCUGACUCUUCCGACUCACAAUCCGACUCCUCCGACUCCCAAUCUGACUCCUCCGACUCCCCUCCCCCUCACCCAAGAGUGGCUCUGCUCCGCCUAGACGGUGAUGCGCCACGCAGAAUCAGACUCGGGACUCCGCCCAGGCCGAGGGAAGGCGCCCAAGGGGCUCUUAAAAAGCAAGCGGAGGAAGGCGUCCAAGGAGUUCUUGGAAACCGAAAAAGGAGCGCCGAUGAAGAUCCGGAUGAUCAAUCCCGCCCAACAAGCAGGAGUCGGUUGGCUUAA